AUUGGCCAGCUCCCCGGAUGCGGCUGUGAUUGACGAUACCAGGCAAAGGAGAUCGCGAGUUAAGUGGCGGUGCUGCAGCCCCAGUGGUCGUUGGCAGGAUGCAGACCAUAAAAUGUGUGGUGGUUGGCGAUGGGGCAGUGGGGAAAACCUGCCUACUCAUUUCGUACACCACCAAUGCCUUCCCUGAAGAAUACAUUCCAACAGUGUUUGACAACUAUAGUGCCCAGAUGAGCGUGGACGGCCGCACCGUCAGCCUUAACUUGUGGGACACGGCCGGCCAGGAGGAGUACGACCGCCUGCGUACUCUCUCCUACCCCCAGACUAAUGUCUUUAUCAUCUGCUUCUCCAUUGGCAGUCCCUCCUCCCACGCCAACGUAAGACACAAGUGGCACCCCGAGGUGUCUCACCACUGCCCCAACGUGCCCAUCCUGCUGGUGGGCACCAAGAGGGACCUGAGGGGCGACAUAGAAACGGUGAAGAAGCUGAAAGAGCAGAGUUUGGCUCCCACCACCCAGCAGCAGGGAAACUCCCUCGCCAAACAAAUCGGGGCCGUCAAAUACAUGGAGUGUUCGGCACUGCUGCAGGAAGGCGUCAGGGAGGUGUUCGCAGAGGCCGUGAGAGCAGUGUUGUACCCUGUCACGAAAAAGAACAGCAAGAAAUGCGUGCUUUUGUAAUAACGGUUACCGGAUUUGGAUUGUGGAGAUCCACAGAUGCAAAUGAUUGCUCCUUCCACGCCACCUCUAGCAGUUGUAAGACUUCUUUUUCAGCUCCUCCUUCAUCCUUAUGAGACCUUCAUCCUUACGACACCAUUAUCACCAAAGUGACUGACGAAACGGGGGGAGUGGAUCUAAUUUUUCUUACAUUUAAUAUUUUGAUAUUUACCCGUUCUUCACGUUACACUUGGCCUAGAUUUAUAACAUCCCUGCUUUGCCUUUAUAAACAAAUGCUGAUCGUGGUUGUCACAAGCCAUAUUUCCAUCUAAACCAAGCUUCCCUAUUUGACUGGAGAGAAGAGAUCUACUGUUGUUUAGGUGGAGAAAUAGUGACUACCUCAUACUCCUCACUUAGGUUGUGUCUCGCUAGUCCCAAGCAACUGCAUUGUGGUGCUGGCUACUAGUUGUUGACACGCAGAGGCUGAGCAUCUUUUUUUUAAUUCAAGCAACUUGAAUCCAGAAAAGGGCAGGAUGAAUCCCGGACAAGGGCCAGUUCCCGGUAGAACCAGUAGGGAUGGAUUAGGGUUUGAACUGGUGUAUAUGCUCAGUGUGGCGUGUUGGAGGUAUCCACCCACAUAUGGGAGAGAAGAACAAGCUUUGUAAGAUAAGCCCCAUCCAUUCAAAUCAACCAACCGGGCAGCUUAGACAAAUUAAGCCAAACUGGUACCGGAGCUCUCAAGAUGGCUGACAGAAGAGGACGUCAGGGUGUAGCACAGCCCUCUUCUGUCUCCUCUCCAUUAGAAAUGUGCCUAAUAAUGACCUUUGACACUAGGAACGGGAAGGGCCUUUGACUCAAUUUCCUUGAUCCGCUAUCUUGGAAUGUUCUGAACUCCCGUUUCUUUGGCAGUCUCGUCAAUGAGGCCGGAGGAGUUGCCCAAGCGCGGAUGUAGCUAGCUCGCUUCACAUAGUUGAAGGCAUUUCAGGCUUCUUUAGACAGCAACUUGUUGAGGCAGAGUCAACAGUGCCUCUGCUGGUUGCAGCCAAGUAGUGCACCCCAUUUUGCCUCAAUUUGCAAUUUAAUGAUUUUUUUGCCAGAAUCACAGAAACUGUUUUCUGAUCAUGUAAAAACAUUUUAACCUACUAAAUGGCCAAAGUUGAAUAUAUUGUUUUGUAAUCAUCUGUUUAUUGGAUCCUUAAGGUGUAAACCACACUUGCAUAAUUGAUUUCAGUGACCUUGCUGCCUUGCAUUAAAUGCAAGCAGAGCAUGACUAUCGUAUGAUUGAUCCUGUAUAUCCUGUCUUAUCGGAAUGGAAUGGAACCUGCAACAUUGAACGAUCUUGUUUUUGUGACACCGUUGUUCCAAUUUCAAAACAAUUUUCUCCAAAAGGAACUAAUGUGAGGCGGAUGAAUUUCUUCCACAGUCAAACUGUCACCAUCAUAAAACCUUUAUCAACUGUACAGGCAUUGUUUCAAGUAACAUUUUAACAUUCCUUAUGGUCAUACUUACAAAAGUAGAAGUGAGCCACUGUAUAAUACAACCAAACUACUCAAACGUCUCGCCCGUUGAAGAGCCCUGAUAGCUAGGUAAAAGAGAGCAGUUGUCAAGCUUCUGUGGUCAUUUUCAUGCUAAUCCUUUCCCCAUUAUUCUUUCAGCCACAUGCUGUUCAUGUUAGCAUCCACUUAGUGAAACUUUUGCAGAGGCUGUUGAUAUUUAAUUGAACCAAAAGAAUUUCACAAUUUACAUUUCUUGUUCCCGUCUGCCAUCUUUGGUACCCUUAUGUGGCGAAACACAAAACAUUAGAGUUAAUGCUAAAUGCCCUCACUAAGUACAAGUCCCACAACAUUUGGUGACAUCACACGUUUUGAUCUCGAUCCAUGUUUUGACUUUUAGGCAGAUUUUUUUUCAGAGCAUUUUUAUUUUAACAAUUUUUAAUGUACCAACUUUAGGACUGCUUGUCUUUGCAAGGUUCCACUGUAUGUUAGUUUCAACAGUCUUGUAUGUAUUUCUUAUAUUUGUUAGAUCAUUUAAUUACUGACAAGGCUAUUGCUGCUGCGGUGUGCAUUUUUUUUGCAUGUUGCAGCAUUCAAACUGUCAUGAUUGAUGGUGGGACUCUAAUGCCUUAUCCAAACCAAAAGCUAUGGUUGGUGCGCCUUAGUCAUUUUAGUGCCACAAAGAGCUCCCACCAAGCAGUGACUUUCAUAUGUGGUCACUGAAGCCUUACUCUCUUCCUUCCAUUAAGCACACUGCAGCGCGCUAUUAAAAAUAUUAAAAAAAAACAGCUGCAAAAGUGACAUAUCAGUGUGCCACAGACACUCUUUCUUUUUUUUAAUUUUUUUUAUUAUUUUUUUUUAAGCUCGCUGUUUUUUAUAUCCCUGCAUUGGUGGAAGGUGCCUUGUCAGUUUUAAGAUUUGUCUUUAUUGUUAGCAAUAAGUGGUUGCUUUCUUUUAGCGUCAGUAACUAUUUGUUUAAACUGUGGAGUGAGUUGUAUUAAAUUGGUUUCUUGCGCCCUGUAAUAACCUAAGUGAAAUAACAGCAAAAGGGCUGAUUUAAGUAAAAAUGUUGUUGAAUGUAAGUGCACAAUUACACAAACUGUGGUCAGCUUUUUGAAAUAUAUAUUGUAUUCCCCUUUUACCGGAUGUCCUGAUUUCAUUCAAAUAAUAUGAUUGAAGUGGAACAUACACCUGUGGGCUCUCUGUUGUCUGCGUCCCAGAGCUGUAUGCUACCGCGUGCGUGGUACUACGCUUUUACACUGGGAACUUGAUUUGUAGAGAUCUGUAAUUGUUUUAUAUAUAACAAAGCAUAUUUGUAUAAAUGAACUAACAGUGAGAUGAUUUUAAAUUAUGCCAAAUAAAAUGGUGGUUCAACCCAACUUGGGUAUUGUCAGUA